AUGGGAGGAAUGCAUCCAACACAUAUACCUAAUAUUGAAGAAAAUAAGAUGCCAAAAAAUGAUGAAAAAUUUGUUGGGGAAUUAAAAAUGCCAACAAAAAUGAUGGGAGAAAAUAAAAGUAAUAACAAAACAAUGGAGAUGAUGAAAGAGUAAAAAAGAAACUUGAAGCAAAAGAAAAUAUAAAGGAGAAUAAAAAUAAAACUUGAAUUAGAGAAAGAAAAAUAAACUUUAAAUAAAUAAAGUUUGUAUGAUAUUCUGAAAAAUCAGAAUAAAAAAU